AUCACAUACCUCCCUCACCUUUGGGGAAUGUGAUAUCAGCACACCAAACUGGGAAGAGCAAAGGUUGCGAAUGCCGAACAGCUACCUGGACAGAUGGCUGAUGACGGGUCUAUGUUUGUGGAAGGAACAUAGGCGGCGGGAGGUGGAGGUGGAGGCCGAGGUGGAGGUGGUGAGUGUGAUGAUGCAUCGCCGAUGUUGAUUCUACCUUACCUUACCUACCAGGUGGGGAUCAAGGAUCACAGUAAUACGGCAUUGUUGUUGCUAUAAAGACGGCAUGGAAGAACUUGUCUGUCCAUGUCAUAUACCUACUUACCUCUACACCUCCAGGAUAGCAAGCAAUCAGUUUUCGUGAGCUUUUAGGCUUUUGACUACAUUACCUGCAGGUACCUAGAGGAGCUAAGGCAAAAGAUAACUUUGAUCCUCCGGUCCUCAACAGCCACAACGAGCAUCAUGCCUUCUCACUCCGAGCAUUCUUCCUCUGACGCCUUGGACCUGCCCUCAGAGUCACCGGCAUUCCACCAGAAUCCAUCCGCCUCCUUUCCCUUGGGGUCAACCAUCGAGCCCCCUUCAUCGCCUACUAUGACGUCCUCCUCCUCCUCCUCUUCUUCCCCCAUGGGCUCAUCCCCCAUCCUGGCUCCCUCCUCCCCCAUCGAGCCACCCGAUCUUCUGGACCUCCCCACUUCAACUUCCUCUGGCACCAUCCAAGCUCAACAAGAACGAAUCCUCAUCCUCGGCGCAACCGGCAACCAAGGCCGCGGCACCGUUCACGCCCUCCUCUCCUCCAAACUGCUGCACCUCGCCAACUUCCACCUCGCCGCCCUCGUCCGCAACCCCACCUCGGCCGCCUCCCUCUCCCUCACCUCCUCCUCCUCACAAUCCGGCGCUGGAAUUCCUCCAAUCCCCCUCUUUGUAGCCGACUACUCCUCCCCCGCCACUCUCUCUGCCGCAUUCGCCGCCUUCCUCCCCACCACCGUCUUCUUCCCGCCCAUCCUGUCCGACGACUUUGCUCUCGACUUGACUUAUGCGCAAAACGUCAUCUCCGCCGCUCGGCAGUGCGGCUCCGUCCGUUCCUUCAUCGUCAGCACCGCCUUGGGAACCGAUCGCCGCUCCGAGUUCAAAGGGUGGGGCAAGAACGGCGAGUGGUAUCCCAUGGGUAGCUACUGGCGGGCCAAAGGCGAGAUUGAGAAGCGAGUCAAAGAAGCCGGGUUCGCGAGCUGGACCAUCAUUAGGCCGGGUUGGUUCUUGCAUUGUUUGGUGCCGCAGAGGAUGUGCGGGUGGAGUUAUCUGGGGUUUAGGGAGACAGAUGAGGUCAAGACCAUUAGGACAAGUUGGAGGAAGGCGACAAAGGUGGCGUGGGUGGAUGCAGAGGAUGUGGGGGUUGUGGUGAGGGCUGUUGUGGAGGAUUUAUGCGAGGGGGGUGGGAAGAGCUAUCGGAAUAGGGGGGUGGAUUUGGCGGUGGAAGCUGUGACGGUGGGCGAACUGGCGAGGAAGAUGGCGAGGGUGUUGGGUGAGGAGGUCAAAGUGUUGUAUGCGGAAGAGCAACAGACCCUCAUUACCGGAAACCUCGACGGUACCGGCCUCGUCCGAGACAAAAUAGAUGAGACCAUCCAACCGCUCAAGUAA